AUGAGUCAUGGCUUCAAUUCAACUGGCCACCAAGGCGGUGCUACUGCGCGUGAACUUUUGAAAUCCAGAGUCAAAGUUCAUGCUCUUGUUCGGGACCCGUCGUCCCAAUCCGCCGCUGAGCUCCAGCGCCUGGGAGUGCAACUGUCCCCAGGCGAUUUCGGCAAUCUAUCAUCCUUAAAGGCUGCAGUCGAGGGUGUUACCGCAGUCUUUCUGAAUGUAUCACCAAGCCUUCCUGACACUGAAAGCGAGGUGAUUCAUGCAAAGAACAUCAUAGAUGCUGCGGCUGCAUCCGGCACAGUCACCACUAUUGUGUAUUCCAGUGUCACAAUGACGGGAAAGCACGAAGAGUUCCCGAACUGGGGACCUGAUUAUCCCAUGGCGUGGUAUUGGCGAAACAAGGCGCAAAUUGAGUCAAUGGUGCGAGAAGCCGGGGUCCAAUACUGGACUAUUCUGCGACCUGCAUUUCUCAUGCAAAACUACCAUCAGCCGACUGCGUCUUAUAUGUUUCCUGAAUUGGUUCAGAAAGGUGUCUUUUUAACGGCAUACAAACCAAGGUCUACCAUGACGGUGCUCGAUCCUGGUGACGUUGGAAAGUUUGCAGCAGCUGCAAUUGUUAAUCCUGCGGCAUUUAACAAACAUGAAAUUGACUUGGGUGUUGAAUUUCUUACGCCGGCUGAGAUCGUGCGGGAGCUAAGCCGAGUUAGUGGAAAGGGUAUUGCCCUUCAGUUUUACGAUGAGAAAGAAGCGAGAGACCUCGCUGUGAGGGAUCCUAGACUCUAUGCCCAAUUGUGGACAAAUGAGGUUGGGUACCAAGUCAACUUUGAGGAACUUGAAAAAUACCCCAUUCGUUUGACCAAGUUCUCAGAAUAUCUGGCAAAGCAUCAGGAUGAGGUUCUAGAGACGCUCAGCUAA